UUACAGGUGAGUGCACGUCGGAAAGCUUUAUCAGUCGGUGGGGAUUGCAUGUUAAGUUGCAACCAAAAGCAAGCAGCUGCAAAACAUCCAUCUCCACAUCUUUUCCAUGGAAACCUCAAAGUCAAAGCCACAUGCAGUAAUAGUCUCCAGCCCCGGCGUUGGCCACCUUGUCUGUGACCUUGAGUUCGGCAAUCGCCUCGUCACAGAUCACAGCUUCCAAGUCACCUUCUUCGUCGUCCUUGAAUAUCAGGCCACACCCGGCGAAUCCCAACUCAUCCAAUCAGCCAACGCCAAUACACUCCUAGACAUCGUCGUACUCCCACCCGUGAACCUCUCCGGCCAAGUCGAACCCAGUACUCCGAUCUUCACACGCCUAGCUUCCGUUAUGCGCGAAAUCAGGCCAACUCUCCGGUCCGAAAUCUCCACCCUGAAGCCCACCCCCAGCGCCCUCUUCGUCGAUGUUUUGGGAACUCCGGCACUGGAAGUCGCCGAGGAGUUUCACAUGUUGAAGUACGUAUUUGUUACCUCUGCGUGGCCCCUUGCGUUGAUGUUAUACGCGCCAAUCCUUGACAAGGAGGUGGAAGGAGAGUACGUUGAUCAGAAACAACCGAUAAGGCUCCCUGGUUGCAUGUCUGUUCGCCCCGAAGAUUUGGUUGAUCCGAUGAUGAACCGGACAAAGCCGGAAUACAAUUCCUUCCUACAGGUGGGGUCGGAGAUGCGCAAGAGCGAUGGGGUUUUGGUGAACACGUGGGAAGAUCUGGAUGCCACCACGCUUACGGCCAUGAGGGAGGAAGAGAGUUACGGAUCGGCACCGGUUUACGCUGUUGGGCCGCUCAUCAGAGCGGCUGGACCACCCGCUUCGAGGAGCCAGUUGUUGGAUUGGCUAGACGAGCAACCAGUUGAGUCGGUGCUUUAUAUUUCAUUUGGGAGUCUUGGGGUUCUUUCGGCACAGCAAAUCACCGAGCUGGCCUGGGGGCUGGAGCUGAGCCGACAGAGAUUUAUGUGGGUGCUACGCCCACCCAGCAAGAAGGAUGCGUCCGCAGACACAGGCGAUAAUGCAUUAGACUACUUGCCCGAUGGGUUCUUGGAGCGGACCCACAGUUUGGGAUUGGUGUUCACACAGUGGGCUCCACAAUCGGAGAUCCUGGGCCAUCGAUCUACGGGAGGCUUCUUGUCACAUUGUGGGUGGAACUCGUCUCUAGAGAGUAUACUAAGCGGUGUGCCGAUGAUAGCGUGGCCUCUCUACGCGGAGCAGAAAAUGAAUGCUACGGAACUGGCUGAGGAGGUUGGAGUGGCUCUGCGACCUAAGAUUGCACCGACUAAAGGAGUGGUUGGAAGGGAGGAGAUUGAGAUAAUGGUGAGGAAAGUUAUGGAGGAACCAGAAGGGAAGGCUAUGAGGGCUAGAGUUAAGGAGCUUAAAAUCAGCGGGGAAAAGGCUUUGACUUCGGGUGGUACUUCUUUCAAUGUCGUGUCUCAAUUGGCAAAGCAAAUGCACGAAAGUGAAGCCUUCGCCAUGAGCCACUAGCAAAUGGGGGGAUUUACGUAUGUUUACUUAUUUGUUUUCUUAGCGCAAUGGCUGAUGAUGGGGAUACAUUGGCUGGCAGUACCUACUUUUGUGUGGCAUAUCCCGUGUAAUAUUAUAUGAGUUGAUGUGGUUAUGUCCAUAUUAAUAAGAUAUAUUUUUAAUAAAUGACGAAAUGAGAUAUAUGAAAUACAGGACUGAUUCUAAUA